AGGGGACAGAGAGCAAUGGGUUUGCUGGUGCCAAUCCUGCUGGCUCUUCUAGCCUCUCUAUUUGGAGGAUAUUACCUUUUAGGAGCAUUCAGAAAGCAAAGGCCAGGUGAACCCCCAUUAGAUAGAGGUCCCAUUCCCUGGUUGGGCCAUGUGUUGGAGUUUCGCAGGGACACAGCAAAGUUCUUAGAGAGGAUGAAGCAAAAACAUGGGGACAUAUUCACGGUACAACUUGCUGGGAAUUACUUCACAUUUCUCAUGGAUCCUUCAUCUUUUGGUGCUGUCUUCAAGGAGGCCCACACAAAACUGGACUUCAGUGCUUUUGCAAGGAAGCUGGUGAUCAGAGUUUUUCAUUUCUAUCCAGAACUUACAAAAAAGCAAUUUCAUGAUUCCAACAACAGACAUCUGAUGGGUGAUGGACUAGUAUUAUUGACAGAAAGUACAAUGACAUUUUUCCAAAAUCUCAUGCUCCGCAGUAUAGGCAAAGGUGGAGACCAAAAUACCUGGAUUGAGGAUAGACUUUUCAUGUAUAGUUACAAUAUUGUUUUCAGGGCAGGGUACCUAUCACUGUUCGGCAAUGUGUCUUUAAGGGAGGCCGGUAGCACUGAGAAAUCCUUUGAGAUGGACAGAAUACAAUCUGAUGCAAUGUUUACAGAGUUUCAUAAAUUUGAUCAAUACUUCCCCAAACUGGCGUAUGGUGUCCAGUCACCCAGAGAGAGGAUUGAGAUCAGGAAGCUUCUGAGAAUGUUUUGGAAAACUUUGUCAUCACAGGUUGUCAAGAAUAAGGGGAAUGCCAGCAACUGGGUGCGUGAACAGCUGCAGACCAGCGAGGGACUAGGAAUGAAGGAGUUCAUGCAAGACCGAUUCAUGUUUCUAAUGCUCUGGGCGUCCCAGGGAAACACAGGGCCUGCUGCCUUUUGGCUAUUAAUGUACCUCAUGAAGAAUCCAGAGGCUAUGGCUGCUGUGAGGAGAGAGGUGGACAGGGUUGUGACGGAAUCUGGGCAGGAAGUGAGGCGUGGUGGCCCUAUCAUCAAUCUGACCUAUGACAUGAUCCAGAAAAGUCUGAUCCUUGACAGUGCUCUUGAGGAGACCCUGAGACUGACUGUUGCGCCCGUUCUCAACAGAGCUGUGAUGGAAAACAUGAACCUCAAAAUGUCUGAUGGUCGUGCGUAUCAGAUUCGACAAGGCGAUAUAAUUUCUCUCUUCCCUUACACUGCCAUUCAAAUUGAUUCCAAAAUUCACCCUGACCCACUUUCUUUCAAAUACGACCGCUUUAUUAACCCAGAUGGCAGCAAGAAAACAGAUUUUUACAAGAACGGGAAGAAGUUGAGGUACUACACAAUGCCGUGGGGAGCUGGUGUCAGUAUGUGCCCUGGCCGUUUCUUUGCUAUGAAUGAGUUGAAGCAGUUUGUGUUUUUCAUGAUAUUAUAUUUUGACUUUGAGCUGAAGAAUCCUAAUGAGGAGGUACCUGACAUUGAUGUUAAGCGAUGGGGUUUUGGGGCCAUGCAACCCACAAGAGAUGUUGGUUUCCGAUACAGACUCCGAUUUUAAAUUACACAUCACACUUUUGAGUUAAAUGGAUGGUAACCUCCAUUUUUGUUAAUGGAUGGUAACCUCCAUCCAACUUGUGUAUGUUAUGUUUUCAGGCACCUAAUCUAGUACAGUAUCUUAAACCUAUAAUGGUUGCAUCAUGGCAGAAUCAUCUUUAAUUAAUCAAAUGUUAAAUAAUACAUAGUUACACACACACACACACACACACACACACACACACACACACACACACACACACACACACACACACACACACACACACACACACACACACACACACACACACACACACAGUUGAAAUAUAAGGAGUAGUAUUGCUAACUGCUAAAGAGAGCAAAUCUCUGAUCCCUGACAUCCUGCACAACCCCCUCCCUACCAAAUUUGUCCUGUAGCUAGUUAAAUAUAUUCAAGAUGCCAUGAUCCCCCAUUUAUGUUUUCUCAUGUCAUAACUUACUAUGUUAAUAUAUUAAAUUGCAUGUGUGGUGUUAAUAUAGGCAAAUGUUAAUAUUUGUAUUAUUGGUAAUUGCAAUCAAGUUUAGACCAGUCAGACCGCUCUCUCAUGAGAAGGGCUUAGUGAUCAAUAUGGAAUGGCGCUUGUGAACAUAUAACAGGAUUUCCAGCCAGGGCACAACCUCAGGGGUGGCACAGAGUGGCAGUUAUCCGCAUACAAUUAUGUGCUCUUGGUGAUCUAUUAACUGAGAAAUCUCUGAGGUCAUCAGUCAAAGAGACAAGGGGUGAGGAAGGGAGAACAGAAAGUUCGGACAUGAAGCAAAUAUUUACUAUUUAGUUUAAACUGUGUGCAGCGUGUGUUAUUUUUGUCAUAGGCUAUUGUAGUGUCAGUGAACCCAUUGUUUCAGCUGGAAUAAAACACUGUUGAAUAAAACAAAUAGCGUUAUGACAGUCUUAUUCUUGACAUUCUGAGCAUCAAAUUUCUUGCAUUCUGGGGAAUUGUUAUGCACCAAUUCAGCCUUUUCUGCAUCAGUUGAUGGUAGAAAUUCUUAAUUUAUGUGAAGGAAUAAAAAAAUACCUCAGUUAUCCGGUGACAAUCAAAAUAUAAUGGAAUAUAAUGCAGUUUGUAUUGUGGAAGA